ACCGGAAAAGCCGUUACUAAUACUUGCUAGUUUGCUGUUGGUGUAGAGCCUAGCUAGGGGAGAGAAACCGUAGGAGAAUGUAGAAUACCUAUGACAAAAAAAGAAGUAAAGUUUAGGAUUGAUAAACACCUGGCAACGUGGAUGAAAGAAACGGAACAGGUAUUACCAACUUGGCAACAUCUCUUCUCUCCCCUGGCUCUCCAGCGUGUAAGGACACCACCGCCGAAUACAUCAUAUCUUUAGUCACCCAGUGCCUCUCUACCUGACGGAUCAUUAUUUUGCCCUUCAUCUUCACCAGUGCUAAAACUAACACCAGCAGGACAGGAGGAAGACGAGCUACCAACAGUUACCUGUUGAUACUUUACUAAGUUCAGUGGCCCCAAAAUCCAACCAUAUCCAAGCUUCUGAUAAGUCUUAACCUCAAAACUCUUCAUCAGCAUUACUCAGUUCUCUCAUCAGGUCAGUCCAUUAUAGAAAACUGUAAACACUACUUCGCACCAUUAUGGCCUCCAUCACCCAGUCAUCCGUGCCUGAGAUUCCUGACAACCACAAAGAGAGCUGGCUGGCACUACUUUCUGCUGCGGAGUCGUAUUGCCAAAAAUCGGGCUGCGACCUGGCCAUACUUACAGCGUGUAAGAAGUUCCGGUCAUCGGCUGGAGGCGGAGAUGGGACGAAGAAACGGGAGAGCGGCAGUGCCUUUCUGAAGGAGUGUGAUUUCUCCUACAAUGUAUGGGGUCAAGGGUUUCUGGCAGAGUCAGCACGCCGCUAUAUGGACGACAUCGGCGUGCUGCACUCGACGACCAUGCUAACGGCCCAAAGGCACAUACGCCAGGCAGGGAGAGAGGGAGGAACCAAACUGGUUGUUGACCUGACCUCUGACCCCGGAAACAAGGGGAGCUAUACAGGCGAUGGCGUGGUGGGCGGAGUCAGUCCCAAUAACAGACUGUAUUCCCAAAGCUACCCGUCAAUCUACAGCUCAGGAGCUUUGACUGGGCAGGGCGGCGUGCAGAACGACAACGCAGAGGGCGAGCGGGAGAAGUGCGCUCUGGAGGCCGAGGAGAGCAGACAAAGGUCCGGGAUUGUGGACUUGGAAGAAGAGUGUGAGGACGAGGAGGAAGAGGAGGAGGAGGAGGAGGACAUGGAUGAGAGGAGACCCUAUGGGAAUGAAAGUGCUGGUGUCUUCUCCAUGGACGAGGACUCUCUGUCUCGGGAAUGCGAGCCGUUCUUUGAGUCCGACGGGGAGGAAGAGAGCACUGAUGGCUCUCUGAGUGAAGAUGCUCCUCCACCGGCGCGUGGCAUGGCUAUGGGUCAGUCUGCAUUCUCGUCCCGUCGCGCCCAAACCAUGGCUAUGGCCCGAUCACUGCCUGUUUCAGUGCCUGUGUGGGGGUGCAGAGGAGCCAGAGCUCAAGGAGAAAACAACAGCAGAGAACGGGUGGGUGUUGCUGACCUGGACCACAUCGCUGCCAGUAUGAAGGCUCUGCUGGCCCCCGCAGCGAGUGAUGGGACUGAAAUGUUCGGGGCCCUGCCUCGACCCCGACUCAACACAGGGGACUUCUCCCUCAAGCACUGAGAGCGAGGGAGGCCAGUGGAGAGAAGGAGAAAGGGAUAGGGGGAGAGAAAGAGAGAGGGGUGUGGGCUGGCAGGAUGUGAAACAGUGUUAAAGCUAGCUGCUCCGUUUAUUUCCCUCUAACCCAAAUUAACGGCACUUGCUUUGAGGAAAGACAAAUGUUGUGAACACUAAUAACAUUUUCAACAUUAUACCCCCCCCCCCCCCCCCCUCCCACCUUGUCACUACACAUGCCACAAUACCAGCUUCUUCACAUCCCACAACACUACAUUAGGUUUGGACAUCUAGAUGUGUGUAUUGCCCCACAGCACUGACCAACAAGACACUAAAACCGGGUGUGUAGUAAUCUUACUGGCCAAUUAAAAACUUUUUACGCACUUUGUGUGUUGAUGAA